CCCAAAGUUUGAUAUCAAUUAUGGGAAGACCGCCUUGUUGUAGCCAAACAAUUGUUGUGAAGAAAGGCCCUUGGACUCCUGAAGAAGAUAUCAUUUUAGUUUCUUAUAUUCAUCAACAUGGCCCUGGAAAUUGGAGAUCUGUCCCCAACAACACAGGUUUGCUUAGAUGUAGUAAGAGUUGUAGAUUACGAUGGACGAAUUAUUUACGACCGGGAAUCAAACGAGGGGAUUUCAGUGAUGAUGAAGAGAAUGUGAUUGUUCAUCUUCAGGCUUUAUUAGGUAAUAGAUGGGCAGCCAUUGCUUCUUAUCUUCCUCAAAGAACUGAUAAUGAUAUCAAGAAUUAUUGGAAUACUCAUUUGAAAAAAAAGCUCAAAUUAGGGUUUGAUGAUCAAUCUUCUCAGUCUCCUCCUCCUCCUCAUCAUCAUCAUGAUCUACAAAAGAAUGGUAAUUUCUCGAAGGGUCAAUGGGAAAGAAGACUUCAAACUGAUAUUCAAACUGCUAAACAAGCAUUGAGAGAAGCUCUUUCCCUUACAACAAAACAAAAUUUCAUUCAAAACAACAACAAUAAUUCAAAAUUAUUAUUCUUAUCAUCACCAACACCAAACAAAAACAACAACAAACAAUUCCAUGUUUCUUCCUCUUCCUCCUCCUCUCCUUCUUCUUCAUCAUCAUCUUCUUCUUCUUCUUCAACAUAUGUGUCAAAUGCUGAAAAUAUUGCUGAAUUGCUGAAAAAUUGGACAAAGAAUUCACCAAAUAAAGCCAUGGCAAGAAGUAGAAAUUCAGAAUCAAGCAGCAGCUGCCAGAAUAACAAUAAUAAUUGUAGUAAUUUGUGGGUGGAGGAAGAAAUUAGUUAUUAUUCAAAUAAUAAUAAUAAUAAUGUACAAGAUGGUGGUGUUCCAUUCAAUUUGCUGGAGAAAUGGUUGUUUGAUGAAGCAGCACCAACACUUCAACAUCAUCCUCAAUAUCAUCCUCAACAUCAAGAUGAUCAUUUCCUCCACUUGUCUUUGCAAGAUUCUCAAGCACCUUUCUUUAAUUAGUUUCAUUACUUCUCUAUUUGGCUUAUAAUCAUCUUUUACGUACCCCCAAAACCCUCCAACCAAUUUGUAAAUCUAUACAUAUGUGUGUGUGUAUGUUAUAAUUUUGUUUAAUGAGUUAAUCUUAUAUUUGAAAUAAUAUCCUAUUUUAAUUUUUAUAUUUUAAAUGAAAAUUUUAAAUUUAGUCUA